ACCUUCAUCCUCCAACAUGGAGAGGAAGAUGAGUGAUAGGAGUUGCAGCAUCUCCAAUGAACUCCGCCUGGAAGGGAGAUUCUGUGAUGUGAUCAUCAGUGUAGAUGGGGUGGAAUUCAAGGCACACAAGCUCAUCCUCUCUUGCUGCAGUAUCUACUUCAGGACUCUGUUUACCAACUGGGACAGCGCAGACAAGAUGGUCUAUCAAAUCCCUGGCAUUUCAGCUGAAAUGAUGGGUCUCAUCAUCAAUUACGCCUACACCGGGACAGUACCGAUCACAGAGGAAAAUGUUGAGAGUUUGCUGGCUGCAGCAGAUCAGUUCAAUGUCAUGGGCAUUGUCAGCCUGUGCUGUGAGUUCCUCAGUUCCAGGCUGUGCUUUGAGAAUUGCAUUGGCAUUUGCAGACUCACUGACUAUUACCACUGCCCCGACCUGCGCGCAGCUGCCUGCGUGUACAUCCUGCAUCACUUUGAGGAAGUGUCCCAGGUGUCCGAGGAGUUCCUAGACCUCUCUGCCGAGGAGCUGGCGCACAUUAUUGAGAAGGAUGAGCUUAACGUGCGGCGAGAAGAAGCCGUGUUUGAGGCUGUGCUGAGGUGGAUCACUCAUGACCCGCAGAACAGGAGGCAGCACAUCGCCUGCUUGCUCAGCAAGGUUCGACUGGCACUCCUACAAUCUGACUACUUCAUGAACAACGUCAAAGCUCACGAGUACGUGAAAGACAAUGCCAACUGCAAAGAUCUCAUCAUCAGUGCCCUGUCAGAAAUCUAUGACCUGAACUCCUACGGCCAGAGUUCCUCAGUCAAUGCCAACCCACUCACCCGGCCGCGCCUGCCCUACGCCAUCCUCUUUGCCAUUGGGGGCUGGAGUGGGGGUGGCGCCACCAGCGCCAUUGAGACCUACGACGGCCGCACUGACAAGUGGCUGAACAUCCCCUGGGAGCAAGAAAGCCCCGUUGCCUAUCAUGGCUCGGCUUAUUUGAAAGGCCACGUCUAUGUUAUCGGUGGAUUUGAUGGCACAGAUUAUUUCAACAUCGUCAAACGGUUCGAUCCGCUCCAGAAGACGUGGCAGCAGGUAGCACCCAUGCACUCACGGCGUUGCUACGUCAGCGUCACCGUUGUGGACAACUUCAUCUAUGCCAUGGGAGGGUUUGAUGGGUACAUGCGGCUCAACACAGCAGAGCGGUAUGACCCAGACACCAACCAGUGGACCCUGAUCACCCCAAUGCACGAGCAGAGGAGCGACGCCAGUGCAACCACGCUGAAUGGAAAGGUGUACAUCUGUGGUGGGUUUGAUGGCGAUCAGUGCCUCAGCUCAGCUGAAACGUUUGACCCCACCACAAACCAGUGGUCCCUGAUCGCCCCAAUGAGCAGCAGGAGGAGCGGAGUUGGGGUGAUGGCGUACGGGAACCACGUGUACGCGGUUGGAGGGUUUGAUGGGAACAGCCGGCUCCAGAGCGUGGAAGCGUACAACCCCAUCACCAACGCCUGGCACGCCGUGCCCUCCAUGCUAAACCCACGCAGCAACUUUGGCAUUGAGGUGAUGGACGGCCUGUUGUUCGUGGUCGGGGGCUUUAAUGGGUUCAGCACCACCGUUGCCACCGAGUGCUACGAGGAAGACACCAACGAGUGGUACGACGCCCACAGCAUGGGCAUCACCCGCAGUGCCGUCAGCUGCUGCGUGGUGCCAGGGCUCUCCAACGUCAUGGAAUACAUCGCCAGGCAACACUACUACCAGCACAGCUCCUCCAUGGACAUCUUGUUCACCAGUUCAACUCGGAGCUCGCCGUUGUAAAUAGUUCCCCUUAGCUAGGAGUCUUGUGAUCAGCCAUCACUGGAUGCUUGUGUAAAUAGUUCUGCGUAUCUAAUAAAGUCUUCUGAGCAUCCCAUCAUUGGAUGCCUGUGUAAAUAGUUCUCUUUAGGUA